AUGACAACUGCAACAACAUCCAAUAAGAAUACAGCAGAUUACAAAAACCACGAAAAUAAAAAUAAAUAUGAAUCAGAAAAAAACCUAGAAAACGAAGAAAGUCUAGAUAGUCAUAAAGGAAAUCAAAAUGGUCAUUAUAAUAGAAAUUUAUCUUCGAGGAUAAGCGAUGAAGAUGAAGAUGAAGAUGACGAUGAUGAUGACGAUGAAGAUGACGAUGAUAAAAAAACAACCAAUAUCAAUACCAAAUGUAACAAUAGCAAAAACAAUAAUAGUAAAAAUAACGAUAAUGAAAAUAAUAACGAAUCAGAUGACUAUUCAGAUUACGAUGAAGAAGAAUUUACAAAGAAUUUGACAACACAAGAAAUUUCAAUCUUUUUUUAUGGCUUAUGUUUAUUACCAUUUACAAAUCCUGGUGUUAUAAAGUCUGAUCCAAAUGAAGAUAUUGUCGAAUUUAUGAACCUUUUAGAAAAUCAAAAAAAUAUUCCCGAUAUUUGCCCAACUUGUGAUAUUCAUAAACCAUUAAGAGCAAAGCAUUGUAAAUUUUGUAAGUAUUGCGUGGCAAGAUAUGAUCACCACUGUAUUUGGGUUAAUAAUUGCGUUGGUUCAUCAAAUCAUCGUUUAUUUGUUUUAAUUUUAGCAUUAUAUAGCUUUAUUGCUUUUCCAAUGUACUAUGUUGUAAUUAAAUUUUUACAACUUGACCAAAAUGCACCAUUGUUUGAUGAUGGAUAUUACCAAGCUAUCGAAUAUUAUUAUAAUACUCAUAGAAUGGUUUCAAUUUUCUUUAUUUAUGGCCUUUUAGCAUGGAUAUGGAUUUUAAAAUUAUUAAGUGCCCAAAUUUUAGGUAUCAUUUUCAACUGCACACUCAACGAAGUUUUAAAUAUAACAAGAUAUGCAUAUUUAAGAAAAGAGGGUACAUGGAAUAUUUUCCACCGUGGGGUUUUAUACAAUAUUAAAGAAUUCUUUUUUGAAAGUAAAAAAUGGUACACUUCAUUUUUUGAUCCAACAACAGAUUCAAAAAAUGAUUUUAAAAAAAAAAACAAAUAA